AUGAAUAAAUACAAGAAAGAUACUUUAUACCCAGAAGAUACUUUAUACCCAGAAGAUAUUCCACACCCAGAAGAUACUCAAUAUUCAGAAGAUAUUCCACGCUCUCAUCAAGAAAAUACCUCGUUAAAUAGAAACAGUAGUCAAAUUUUAUACUCUCCAUUAAACAGAAAUAGAA